GCAAUCCAUACUUUUUGAAUUGCGAAAUGGCGCCAAGAUGAUCGCAAGGCUACUGCAAGCAGCGAAAGUAGCUCGGCAAAGCCCUUGCUCACCAGGCAAGGUGACGUUCCGCCAAUCAUCAUGGUCCUUUGGUAGUGUAAGGAACCGACACCACACAUUGCAGCUUCGGCACCACGCCCACUAUCGCAGCCACCAGCAAGACGCGCAGGCGGCCACUCCCCAAGCGGAGAUGCAGCAUAGCCAGGCAUCUUUAGGUUCUGGCAGCGCCGGAGGAACCGCGGCUGGCUCCAGAACCAACGCCCGAGGCCGCGGCAAGAAGGCCGCACCCGACCCCAACCAGCCCACGCUGCAACAAGUCUUCGCACGCGCCUCUAAGAACGUCCCUGCCGCCGUCCCUGCUCCUCCUACUCUUCAUCCUUCUCCUGCCACUACACUUGCCCCCAUCCCCCCAUCAGCCUCCGAAACCACGAGUAGGCUUUCAUCGCAUGGUGCCUCCGCAGUGCCUCCGCAGCCAUGUGUCGUACAACAUGCCUAUCCCGUACGGGUUCAGAAUGCACAGCAGCCGCAGUUAACGUCGGCGCCGACCAACUCUACCUCCUUCGUCACGCAGACGGAACCAGCGCCACCGCAGCAGCAACAGACAACUUCCCUCUGGACGGAAGAUCGUGAAGUGGUUUCUCUUUCAGAGCGGCGUAAGGCCCUCAGAGCUGCUGCUGCCGCUAGCAGUGCCAGCGCUGGUACGACAGCAACCGGCCCCACUCUCCAUCACAUCAACAAAAUCAACAGCCGGGGAAACGCGGAUUCCCCCAUCUCGCUAUACUCCUCUUCCUCCUCGCCGUCGUCCUCCUCCUCCUCGCCCCAGCCCUCCCCCAAACCUCCAUCAUCCCUCGGCGGGUCGUCGAACGAGUCCGGCUGGACUGCUCGAUCCAGCUUUAGCAGCGGCGAGGGUGGCGGCGGCGGCGGAAGCGGUGCUAUUGGGCAUCGUCAGUCGACACGGCAGUACUGCACAACCGCCGCUGUCCCCAAUGCUGACGACUGGAUGAGGGCAGCAAGUACGGCGGGGGCAGUUGACACCGCUUCAGCAAUAGCAACGGACACAGCUGCCACGAGCCGUUGGGAAGGAAGCGGCGGCGGCGGUGGCGGCAAUAUAGCAGCAAGUACGGAUACCUACCCCGCCGCCACUUCCCCGGCCAAGUCAAACGCCGCAACCGCCAACGGCAAUGGCAACGUCAACGACGACCUUCCUACGUCAACAGCCGCACCUCGUACGGCAGUCGUUACCUCCCGACGUGCCUACUACUACGGGGAAGUAGACGUGCAGGUGGAGGUGUUGGCGGGGGAGGUAGCACGCAUGGCCCUUACGGGGGCAGCGCCAGCAGCUGCUGCUACAGCGGCCGCUGCUCCGUUGACGUCAGCGACCUCCGCCUCGUUUUCGCUGGAGGCGGCGGCGGAGGUCGGCGGAAGCAUGAUACAGCUGGCAGCGGCACCAACCUCCGCCGCUUCCGCCGGCACCACCACCACGACAGCGGCGGUGGUGGCGGCAGCAGCUCCGACGGCGGCGCCUCGUCGGGGUCGGCCGCCCAAAGCUCUCCUGGGUGGCACCUCGGCGUCCUCGUCUGCUGCUGCUGCUGCUCGCGGAGACGCGCAGCCGCCACGUACCGCCGCUGCCGCUGGCGGCGCCACCGGUGACGUAUCAAGGGACAGCGGCGGCGGCGGCAAAAAGACAUUGGCGGCGGCGAAGGGCCUGCUGCCGCAGGGGUUGACUGCUGACGGCUCGCUGCUGUGGCGGCAGCUGACUGAGGCGGAGCGGGUGCAGGCGGGGGGAGCCUGGAUCAAGUGGGAGCCGCUGCCUGAUGCUGCUGCGGGGAGCGCUGAGGCCGCUGCUGCUGCGGGGGGUGGUGGGGCGGAGGGGGGGCCGGAGGCCGCCUGCGGCGAAGGAAGCGGGGCCCGCAGCAAGCGUGUCUUCCAGCUCUUCUCGUUUGAUGUGGAGACGGUGGAUUUCAUGCGGGAGAUGAAGAGAGCAGACAACCAGAAGCGGUUCCCCCGACCUGACCAGUGUCGUCUGAUUGAGCUCGCUGCGGUGGACAUGGGCCCUCUGGACGGGAACAGCACCUGCUGCUCGGGGGGCGGCGGCCUGGACCUUUCGCGUCACCUGCAGCAGGCGCCGGGGAGAGGAAGGGGCAGUGGCAGCAGCGACAGCAGCGGCAGUGGCAGCAGUGUUGCGGGAAGCGGCAGUGGCGGUGCUGCGGGUGCUGCGGGUGCUGGUGGCGCGGUGUUCAGCACACUUGUGAACUGCGGGCGGGCGUACAAGGACAAGAAGACGGAGGCACACAACGGCAUCACCUAUGCCGAGGUGAGUGCCCCCGGCGUGCCGCCCACCGGACCCGCCAUCCUGCAGCUCUUUGACUUCGUCCGCAGCCGCUGCCAGGCUACUGCUGCUGCUACUGCUGCUGCUGCUGCUCGCGCCGCCGCCAGUACCACCACCGCCGCCGCCUGCUCUUCACAGGGAGCUGCUGCUGCAGGGGGGGGAGUCAUGGGAGCAGCUCCAGGGGCGGGGGCAGGUGACAGCAGCGAGGUGGAAGUGGAGGUGGAGGUGGUCCCCGUGUUGUUGGCUCAUAACGGCGCCGUAUUCGACUUCCCGGUGCUGUGGUGCGAGUGCCGGCGAGUGGGAGUGGACUGGCCGCAGGACUGGUGGUAUGUGGACUCGUUGAAGGUGGCGAGGGCGCUGUGGCCCAAGGGUGAGAAGCCCACCCUGCCGCCGCCUGCCGCACCCACACCCGCUCCCACAAUGAGGAUGCCACCCCCGGCAUCAUCAUCGGCAGCAGCAGCAGCAGUAUCGGCAGCAGGUGGCGGCAAAGAGGAUGAUGAUGAGGAGGAGGACGGGGACGGGGUUGGUGAGUUGGAGGAGGAGGGCGAGGAAGGCGAGGAGGCGGCAGAGGAGGAGGAAGGCGUGGUUGCUGCUGCUGCUGGGGGCAAGGCACCCCGGCCCCGCACCUCCCUCUCCAUGGAGGCCCUCAAGGCCUGGGCGGGGGUGACCAGCAACGGCAGGGCGCACAGGGCCGCAGUGGAUGCCGAGGACCUGGCGGCUGUGUGGCGGGUGCUGUACGACAAGCUGGGCCAGCCCUCCCUGCCGCACCUGCACCUGAUGUACAGCGGAGGCGGAGGCAGCAGCAGCAGCAGGGUGGGGGGCGGUGGAGGGGCGCCUGUGCUGGCGGCAGGUCCGCUGCACCAGCUGGGACUCACCAGUCAGGCCGCCCGCACCGACGCCCUCACCCGCCACCUGGAGGCCGCUGUGCUGCCCCUGCUGCCGCCCUCCCUGCUGCCACCAACCGCACCGGGACAACAGCAACAACAGCUGCAAGGGGGGGCGGCUACUGGGGGUGUUGUUGCCGGUGCUAGUCCUGCUGCUGCUGCUGGCGGCGGUGGUGGUGGUGGUGUGGUGUUGUCGCUCGCCCAGCUGCGUGAAAUGGCGGCGGAGGGCGGACUGCACCUCAAGCGGGGUGGAGCAGCAGGAGGGGGAGGAGGAGGAGGAGGGGACUUCCGGGUGUUUGAUGUGCUUCGGGAGCGGGUGACGCUGCCACAGACACUGCCCGCGACCGCUGCUGGGGCUGUGGCUGGAGCAGCGGGAGGAGGAGGAGGGGCGGCAGCGGCGGCGGGGGCGCUGGAUCAGCAAUCGUGCGGGUCACAACAACUUUCACAGCAGCAACAGCAGCAGCAGCAGCCGGUAAGUAGGUAUUCUCAGCCGCAGUAUCAACAGCAGCAGCAGUGGGGUUCGCAACACUGGCAGCAGCAGCAGCCGCGACAAUGGCAGCAGCAACCGCAGGGAUCGCAGCAGCAGUGGGGUUCCAGUAGCCAAGCAGCGGUGCCGCCUCAGUCGUCUUCCUCGCAACAGCCAUCCUACCAGCAACAGCAGCAACACCACCCGCAUUGGCAACAACAGCAGCAGCCACAACAGCAGCAGCUGUGGCAGCACCCGGGUGCAAUCUCCUCACAGCAGCAACCACUGCUGCAUCCGCCGCCACAGCCGCAGCAGCAACAGCAGUGGCCGCAGCAGCAGUGGCCGCCCAGGGGGUUGCCUGCACCGUUACCACAACUACCGCCACCGCAGCAGCAACCGCAACCGCAGCUUGUACGGCAGUUGUUGCCGUUUGUGGUUGUGUUGCGGGGGGUGAAGCUACGGUACAUGAACAAGGCCAGCUACGCCUACAAGGACAACCACGCGCCCAAGUGGGACAUGUUCCUCACACCCGCGCCUGUCGCCGCUGCCGGAGGGAAGUCCGGUGGUUCCAGAUCUCGAUCCAAAAAGGCAUCCGCGGACAGUACCGGUAGCAGCGACAUCGCUGCGGCGUUGGGUGCAACCAGCAGCAGCGGCAGCAGCAAUGGCGGCGGCGAGACGAGUGCGGAGGAGUUUGGAGAGUUGGUGGAGCUGUUGGACGGGCUGGCGAGGCAGGCUGCGGUGAUGGCCAACGGGGAUGCGGCCGCGCGGGCGCAGCUCUACUCGUGCGGGCGGGAGGACGGGAAGACCAAGAAGAAGGGCCUCACGGUGCAGCUGCACGCCCGCCUGCAGCCCGGACCCGCCCCCCGGCAGCUCUCCUGGGAGCCCCUGGCCACACUGUCAACGUACGACAAGAAGAAGGCGUCGUACCGGGCCCUGCCCUGGCCACCCCUGGAGUCGUACAUUCCUGCUAGCAGCAGCAGCAGCUCGACCCAGCCCGUUUGGAGUGCUGGUGCUGGUGCUGCGGACCCUGAGUUGCAGCGGAUCAAGGAGGAUAACUUGGCGCGGAUUGAGGCGCAACUGCCGGGCGUCUCCUCGUCUUCCGUACUGGACGUGGCGGUGUGGCCGCAAUUCGUGUGGGUCAACUCCCGCGGGUACGGCAUCAAACUACUUGCAUUGCAUGUCGUACAUCGACCCGCAGCUGCAUGAGCCCGCCGGGUGUAGAACGGGUGUUGCUGUGACUCCAUGUCAUGUUGUCAUGGUGUUGCUGGAUGGUGACACGGGCGGGGGAUUAAGACGUGGAGUGAAGAGGGGGAGCGGUUGAGGGGAGGACAGUGCCAGAGGAGAAAAAGAGAUAUGUGUUCCCGCUUUGGGGUCCGCGGCAGUUGGGAGGUUUCCAUGGUGUGGAUGGGUGCUGAGAGCUGGUGUGGGUGGGCGGAGGGCACUGGGAAGCACAUGGGUGCAAAGUGGUAGCAGCAGCAGUCGUAGCAUGGAGGUCCCUUGCUUUAGGACAGGUCUUUUGUUACGAGUAGUAGCAUGGUAGCAUGAUGUUUGUCAUCUCAAUCUGUACUGCGUCGCUAUGCGGCUUUAGGCGGCCUGACAACGAGUCGUUAACAGGUGGCGAGGGGUGCAGGCAGUUGGGGGGGGGGGGUUCUGUUGGUAUCGUCGUUGUUGUUACCGCGCCGUUGAGUAAACAGCUCAAGGAAAUGUUGUUGUUGGUUGUUGGCUGUUUGGUUGCGGUGGAGGAUGGCAGGUAUCAACAAAUCAGUACAUGAUAUUCGCUGUUCAGACGGCACUGAUUCCCCAAUCAUAUCAGCAGGCUCCGGAUACCCCUGAAUAAUACUUCCGGUAUUCGUCAGUCUGUCUUUGUGCAGUUAGUUGUACGGCACUUGGCUGUAUGGAGGACAAGCUGAGACAACCAGGGUUGCAAACCGGCAAGAAACGCACCAUUGGCGAAACCAAUACCCAAUCACCGUGUUACAAGGGUGAGAGACACCCAAACGUUCCAACGGUCCACCCCUCAUCCGUACGUUCGGUAGUACAACUACCUCAACCCGGCAACAACCUCGGUGCGCGGCGUGCACCAAGCAGAAGAGCAGUAACCAUGCCCCUUUUGCUGUUUCCGACCAUGCAGCACGCAUCCCCACGUCGUCAAGCAUAUCG